AUGCCACAGGCAUUUACACACUUGAUUGACUUUGGCUUGCCAAAACCGACGUUCACUGCAUCUUUCUACGUUAUUUACGAUUAUAUAUACUUAUCGAUACACAACCCUGGGGGAGCCAAAGGAGUGUUUGAUGGUUUCGAGGUCCUCAUGAAGACCGGUGUCCUCGACUCUGAAACUCCCUGGCGUUCAGUGGUCAACCUUACUGCUCAAAGGCCGACAACGUAUUCAAGGUCACUGAGUCCGUUAACAGCACAUGCACUGACGGUACGUGGACUCAAGCGGCCCAAUACAUUCAGCGAGAUGGCAGACCCAGUGACAUUUAGAGGAAUGGAUCGAGAUAAGAGUACUCCGCGAAAUGUGAGACUUGAAGCAAUCGACUCGCAUACGGUGCACAUGACAUGGGAUCCGCCAGCUGAAUUCUACGAUGGCAUUACCGACUACAUCAUCUUUUGGUUGAUCAAUGAAGAAUCCCAGGACUCCAUCAAAGUCCCCCCAACUGGCUUCUAUAACUUCACCGGAUUGGAGCCAGGACAAAACGUUUCUGCCUCUGUUUGUGCACACAGUCAACUGAAAUCUUCGCCGAACUUUGAAUACAUCGGUGUUUAUAGUGCUUUAAAGACAACAACCACACCAGAGAUGAAAGGAGGAGAUAAUAAGGAAAAUGUCCUGUUUCGGCUAGACGAGGAAGGCGCAGUUGUCACGACUGGGGGAACUACAUCAACACCUGUAGUAGCAAAGACGUACAAACCUACACAGACCCCCUUACUUGGCGCAUCUACUUCCACCGGCUCCUCUUCCAUCGGAUCUACCACCAUUGCCUUGUUCACUUCCAUGUUGACGGUUCUUGGAGGAGCUUUUUCCUAA